AUGGCGGCCGAAACCCCCGACCCGCGGACGUUCAAGACGUGGGAGGAUGCAUUCCAAUAUCCAGUACCGGUGGUUCAGAAACUAGAGCGGCAAUUGCGUAGCCAUGCCGCUGACAAUCGGGAGAAGCUCCGCUCCCUCGUGGGCGCGAGCUACCGCGACCUUCUCGAUACUGCGGAAACCAUCAUUGACAUGGAAGCCCGCAUGCAGAGAGUCGAAGCCAACCUAGCAAGAGUAGGACAGAACUGCAACUCGCGAAACCUGGACCGCAUCGCUCGUAGUGCUGCGAAGACGCACGCGCAAACUCUGGAGCGAGAUGCCGACCGAUAUACGUUUGCCUCUCAACUAUCCGUGCUUCGGAGCUGUCCCAUUGUCAUAGCACGACUGAUGAAGGGUGACGCGGGUUACUUGCUAGUUGCGAAAGUGCUGGUUAUUGCGCGUCUGCUGCACAAGGCUUUGUCACAGAGUAAGACUAAAGCGCCAAUCGUGGACCAACUGAGGGAUAAACUGGGUUCGCUGCGGAGCAGAUUGUUGAGAAGAAUAGACCGACGGCUGGCGAGUGGGGCGGGAGAAACAGAGACGCUCGUGGAGACCAUGUGUGCUUACUCGCUGGUCACCUCGUCGACGCCUGUUGAUGUCCUGCGACACUUUCAUCAUGUCAGGAUGGAGGAGAUACUGGGCUCAUCACGAAAGGGGGACGGUUUGAAAGAACACGGAGUUAAUGCGUUGAAGUUGUGCCUGAAAACCUGUCAGGAUACUCAGACCAUAUUCCCUCGUCGAUUGGCGGAUGCACUGGCACGGCUGAAGACGCACCCACUCGUGCAGGAUCCCGAUGUUCGCGCGCUGUAUGAGUUAAACCUCGACAUUCAUCAUCAAUGGAUUGGCGGCGAGGCGCAGGACUACACUCCCCAACCCCGCCAUGAUGCAUUGCAGCGACCAGAAGCGGAGAGACUACUUCACCAAUGGUCGAAACAGGCCAUAUCUGCAUUUCUCAAAGGCAUCAAGACAGUGCUUGAGGACACCAAAGACCUCAAUGAAGUUGCGCAGCUAAGGCAAGAGUUAAUAGAAACAUGGAUUGUUUCCGGGCCCAGGAUGGCCGGUGUGAAGAGCCGCAAUGUACUUGACGAUCUGAGGGACACGAUGAAUGGCCAGCUGGAAACUAUCGUCAGGUCAAGAGCACAGGGGCUGGGGUAUGUCGUGGGUCAAGUCGCGGGAACUGUCGGGUCCUGGAAGGAUACGUCUGUUUCGACGUCUCUCUGGAGUACGACAGCAACGGCGACAGAACUAUCGAAUGGGGCACAGCCAUUCAAGCAACACAUUCUCAACACACAUCAAGGGCGCGACGAAGCCGUCAUCCACAUCUUGACCAACUACGACAAAUGGACGGAGUCUGUUCUCGAAGUCAAGAGUGUCGUGAAACACAUGAAGGAAGCGCGCUGGGAUGAUCCCUUCCAUGACGACGUGGAACUUGACGAUUCCGACGAGGAGCUCGGUGAUGACUCAAAGCAAACGCUGCUCAGCAGAGAUGACCCACGACUACUCGAAGAGGUGACCCAGGAUGCGCUCGCUGGAGCUCUCACUGCGCUGGGCGAUGGAUUCAAGAAGAUCAUUCAUUCGCUUACAGGGGAGGACCGGAGUGAACAGCAGGUGUCAAAGGCGAUUUUUGUACUGCGAGUAGUCCGGGAGAUUAACAAGCGCAUCCCACGUUUGCGAGUUCUCGAUACCUCAACGCCUCAUACUACGCCUUUCACUAACGAACUCAUCCGGCCACUGCACUUGGCCCUCGCAGCGGAGAUAGUCACGCCGGUCAUGGCAUCUUACCAGAGAUUGCUUAAGGCUAUGGCGACACCCUCAUCCAAAAGCCAACUACUAUGGGAGGGCAAUCCCGCAUUGCCGGCCCAGCCAUCCCCAGCCGCAUUCAGGUUUCUGCGCGCUUUGGUCAAGAGCAUGGCUCGUCAUGGGACCGAUCUAUGGGUCCCCGAGGCCGUCCGUGUAAUCAAGUCUCUUACGGAAGAAGAGGUGACCAAAACAUGGAGGAACAGUCUGACCUCUAUGGCGGAAACUUCUUCGACGGCAGCGGAUACUCCGUCGAUACAAGCAGAUACAGAAACUUCCGCCGACGCCGACGAUCAAACAAGAGGUUCCGUCGGCGCAGAAUCUGCAUCCCCUUCUCCUGACCUGAAAUCUCAGCGUCUCAAGCAACUCGCCUUCGACAUGCUCUACAUCCAGCGUUAUCUCGCCCACCCAGGCACCGGCUCCUCUUCCGUUUCUGCGCUGAUGGACCAGGUGUACGGUGCUGCGGAUCUGGAGGCCGAAGGGUUACAGGCGAGGUUGAAGAAGAGCGCGGCGGAUUAUGCUAGGAAGACGUAUCUUUUGUUUGCUUUGUUAGCGUGA